AUGAAUGAACCAAAUGAAUCACACGAAUCCGUAGAUUUCCAGCUAGUCGAUCAAGCAGAACUAGAAACAUCCAUCACAAGAAAGGCUAACGCUGCCCUCCUUCAGAAAGACGCCGAACUAGACCAAAAACGUCUUGAUAAGGCCAUCAAGGAUUUAAACACUACCAUCAAACGUAUAGAUAUCCUCCUGAAGAAAUUAGAUAACCCCAGGACGAAAAUCAGUGAGCGUAAGUCGCUACGUGAUGAAAUUGCGUGGUUUCAGGAGAAUGAACUUGAGCCGAGACAACGUGAUGUUGAAGAAAUCAAAGCCAGACUAGAUGAGAGUAAUUCAAAACUAAAUGCGGGCGAUGAAGAUGACGCGAACGAAGGAAGAUUGCCUGAUGAGACCGAAAAGGAGUUUCUUAUUAGGACGGGGAAGAUCACGGCAUUUGGGAAUGAGAAUGAGUUUCAACAGGAUGACGAUGACAGUGACGCGGCACAAGUUCAAAGUCAUGUGUUUUUACGCCAACCUGGGUUUGAAAAAGAAGUAGAGGACGACGAUUACGAGUAUGAACCAGAAACGGAGGAAAAUAAACUGGAUCAUGAUGAUGAAGAAGAAGAAGAUCAAGAUAUAACCGAAGAUUUCAAGAAUAUUGACGAUGGUGAUGAAUCGAUAUACAAGUCCAGACUACUUGAUUGGUGUCGUCGAAGAUCUGGUCUUCGCCAAGAAGAUCCUAAUCCUAACUUAGACGAAUGGCUCAAACCACAUCCCACAAUAUCAGAUGCCAUUUUAAACUCAAAGUUUAAGCUUCCUGGAGAUAUCUACCCGUCACUUUUCGAUUAUCAAAAGACCUGUGUACAAUGGCUUUGGGAGUUAUAUUCUCAAAAAACAGGUGGUAUAAUCGGUGAUGAAAUGGGAUUAGGAAAAACCAUCCAAAUCAUUUCCUUCAUUGCCGGCUUGCAUUACUCGGGGUUAUUGGACAAACCCGUGCUUGUGGUUGUUCCGGCCACGGUGCUAAACCAAUGGGUUAAUGAGUUUCACAAAUGGUGGCCUCCUUUACGAUGUAUAAUUCUCCACAGUAUCGGAUCAGGAAUGGGUGAAAAAGUGUCGGAGGAGAAACUAGAGUCCUUUCUAGAGACCCACGACCCCCAUGCAUCUACUUCUUCACUUCGUGGGAUAAAAAGUCAAAUAAAUGCUCAGGAAAUCAUAGAUCGAGUCAUGGAAAAAGGUCAUGUAUUAAUCACAACAUACGUGGGGCUUCGAAUAUAUUCCAAACAUAUAUUGCCUCGUGAAUGGGGGUAUGUCAUUCUUGAUGAAGGACACAAGAUUAGAAACCCUGAUCUGGACAUCUCACUUACAUGUAAACAAAUCAAGACCUACAAUCGAAUAAUCCUAUCUGGAACACCCAUUCAGAACAACCUCAUUGAAUUAUGGUCAUUAUUUGACUUUAUAUUCCCCGGUAGAUUAGGAACAUUACCAGUUUUCCAACAGCAAUUUUCCAUUCCGAUAAAUAUGGGUGGUUAUGCCAAUGCCUCGAAUGUCCAGGUACAAACGGGAUAUAAGUGUGCUGUUAUUUUACGAGAUUUAAUAACACCGUACCUUCUCCGUAGAUUGAAGAGUGAUGUCGCCCAGGAUUUGCCUAAAAAGAAUGAAAUGGUACUAUUUGUCAAACUUACUCGAAUUCAACAAGACCUCUAUGAGAAAUUCCUCCAUAGUGAGGAAUUAAACUCGAUCUUAAAGGGAAAGAGAAACGUGCUUAUGGGAGUAGAUAUGUUACGAAAGAUAUGCAAUCAUCCUGAUUUAAUCAACCGAGAAAUAUUGAUGUAUAAAAAGGGGUACAACUAUGGGAAUCCUGCCAAGUCAGGAAAGAUGCAAGUACUCAAGAAUUUGCUCCAAUUGUGGCAGAGCCAGAAUCACAAGACGUUGUUGUUUUGUCAGACAAGGCAAAUGUUGGAUAUUCUUGAGAAAUUUGUGGCUAAUUUGCAUGUACUUGAUGAGGAAGGUAAUGACCUGACUGGCUACUUUAAUUAUUUGCGUAUGGAUGGAGGUACGCCUAUUUCCAAACGGCAAACGCUAGUGGACAAAUUCAACACUGAUCUUACCCAACAUGUGUUUUUGUUGACGACUAAAGUCGGAGGAUUAGGUGUUAAUUUAACUGGAGCCGACCGAGUAAUCAUUUACGACCCCGAUUGGAAUCCUUCCACCGACAUUCAAGCGCGAGAACGGGCGUGGAGGUUGGGCCAAAAGCGAGAUAUUACCAUAUAUAGAUUGAUGACUACUGGAUCCAUCGAAGAAAAGAUUUAUCAUCGACAAAUCUUCAAGACAUUCCUCACGAAUAAGAUCUUAAAGGAUCCCAAACAGCGACGAUUUUUCAAAAUCAAUGAUCUCCAUGAUUUGUUCACAUUGGGUGAUCAGAAUGAGCAGGGCACGGAAACUGGGGAUUUGUUUAGUAGUUCCGAAGUAAAGUUCAGUGGAACUAAACCACGGAAGCAGACUAGUUUAUUCAAGAAAAAGUACACGAAUGAUGAUGAUUUUUAUCAGGUUGCGAAAAUCUCGGGGGUAGCUAAAUUAGACCAGUAUGUUGAUGAAAAGGAGGAACCUGAACAGGGAAAGGAUGAAGAUAGAAUCAUGCAGGGACUAUUCACCAACAGUGGAGUCCACAGUACGUUGAAACAUGAUGAUAUUAUCGAUUCAAGCAUGCAAGAAACUAGUCUUAUCGAACGAGAAGCCAAUAGAAUCGCCACUGCUGCGGCCGAAGCAUUGAAGCGAUCCCGGAAACUAGCAAGAAAGAAGGAAAUUGGAACACCAACAUGGACGGGGAAAUUUGGACUUGCGGGUAAAUUUGGAUCGAAAAAGAAGACUAAAACUUCAUCAUCGUCAAUUCUUGACAGUUUGAAAAAGAAAAGCGAGCCUACUAUUUAUAAACCCAAGGUGCAAUUGCUUGAUCGUGAUGUAAUCAUUCAGAAAUUGGUUGAUUGGUUGAGUAAACAAGAGGAUAAGUUUAGUACGUCCAAUGACAUUAUGAGUAGUCUUGAUUUGAAGUUGAGUUCGGAGAAGGAUGUUAUCUUGGUUAGGUCUAUGCUUAGGGAGAUUGCUAGUUGGGAUAGCAUAAGAAAAGGAUGGAAGUUAAAGGAAGAUUUCAGUGUUUAA